AUGAGUGUAGAGAACAAAAGGAGAUCGGAAAUUAUAAAAAGACAGGCUGCUAUCCGAAAGAAGGAGACAGAGCCAUCCAAACUUGAGAAGCUGGUGCAGGCCUUUACACACUGCAAAAAGGAAAUUUUCCAUGUAAAGCAGUUCUUGAAGAGAUCUAAAAAACCCAACCAAGGAGAGUACCUGCAGAUGCUGGCUGCCCACACAAAAGGAGUUCUUUUAUUGGGGUUCCUAGGAUACAUCAUCACGUUUAUACAUAUCCCCAUUAACAACAUUCUAUUUGGCAUAAAGAAGUGA